UGGCGGUGAGGGGCGGCCGUGAGGGACCGCGAGGGACCGCGCGCUCGGUGCAGAACCGCUGGGAGCCGCCAUGGGGGAGCAGGCAGAGGCGGCGGUGAUCACGCCGGCCAUGCUGGAGGAAGAGGAGCAGCUGGAGGCGGCGGGGCUGGAGCAGGAGCGGCAGAUGCUGGAGAAGGCUCGCACUUCCUGGGACAGGGAAUCAAGUGAAAUGCGCUAUAAGAGGCUUCAACAUUUGCUUGAAAAAAGCAACAUCUAUUCCAAAUUCUUGCUAACCAAAAUGGAACAGCAGCAGCUAGAGGAGCAGAGGAGGAAAGAGAAGUUAGAAAGAAAGAGAGAGAUGAUGUUAAAAUCUGCCAAGGGUCAAAACCCAGUUGACAGCAAAGAAGAGAAAUCAGGUGCAAAAAGGAAGAGAGGAAGAGAAGAAGGGACAUACAACAUAUCAGAAAUUAUGUCCAAAGAGGAAAUAUUAUCAGUGGCAAAAAAAAGUAAAGUGGAAGAUCAGGAUGAAAGCUCUGCUGACAACCUGCAUCCAGAAGACCUGCAGAAAAAUGGAGACUCAAAUAGUGUCAUUAAGGACAGAUUGUGUCAAGCUGUACGACACAGUGCCAAGCAAUUUCUUGAUCCCAUGCGAAAAUUUAAUGGACAACCAGUGCCUUUUCAGCAGCCAAAGAUUUUUACUGGUGGUGUAAUGAGGUGGUACCAAGUGGAAGGCAUGGAGUGGCUAAGGAUGCUUUGGGAAAAUGGUAUUAAUGGCAUAUUAGCUGAUGAAAUGGGGCUGGGGAAGACAAUCCAGUGUAUUGCAACAAUAGCGCUGAUGGUGGAACGAGGGGUCCCUGGUCCGUUCUUAGUAUGUGGUCCUUUGUCUACUCUUCCAAAUUGGAUGUCUGAAUUCAAGAGAUUUACUCCAGAGAUUCCACUAAUGCUCUAUCAUGGAGCUCAGCAGGAGCGUCGUAAACUGGUUCGUAAAAUUCACACAAGACAAGGAUCGCUGCAGAUCUAUCCUGUGGUCAUUACAUCCUUUGAAAUAGCAAUGCGAGACAGGAAUGCCCUGCAGAGCUGCUACUGGAAAUACCUGAUAGUAGAUGAAGGUCACAGGAUUAAAAAUAUGAACUGCCGCCUUAUCAGAGAAUUGAAACGAUUUAAUGCUGACAAUAAACUCCUGUUGACUGGCACUCCCCUGCAAAACAACUUGGCAGAGCUUUGGUCAUUGCUUAACUUCCUGUUGCCAGAUGUGUUUGAUGAUUUGAAAAGCUUUGAAUCCUGGUUUGAUAUUACCAGCAUUACAGAAACUGCAGAAGAUAUUAUUGCUAAAGAAAGGGAGCAAAACAUCUUACAUAUGCUGCAUCAGAUUCUGACACCUUUCCUACUGAGGAGGCUGAAAUCGGAUGUGGCUCUGGAGGUUCCUCCUAAACGAGAAGUUGUGGUGUAUGCACCACUGGCAAAGAAGCAGGAAACUUUCUAUACUGCCAUUGUCAAUCGCACCAUUAGGAAACUGCUUGGAAAUAAUGAGGAAGAAGUAGUUGAGUUGAGCUCUACAGGCCGACCAAAACGCCGUAGUCGGAAAGUGGUUGAUUAUUGUGAAGAACAUAAUGGUUCACCUGAUGACUUGGAAAAAUUAAUCAGCAAAAUGCAAGAAGAAGUAGAAAAAGAGAGGCCAGUAGUAGAAGUCAGCAUGCCCAUGGAUUCCGAGGUGAACCUUAAACUGCAGAAUAUUAUGAUGUUAUUGAGGAAGUGUUGUAACCACCCCUAUCUUAUUGAGUAUCCUUUGGAUCCUGCGACACAACAAUUCAAGAUUGAUGAAGAUCUAGUAAAGAAUUCAGGCAAGUUUCUACUCUUGGACCGAAUGCUUCCAGAACUUAAAAAGAGAGGACAUAAGGUCUUGUUGUUCUCACAAAUGACUAUGAUGCUUGACAUUUUGAUGGAUUACUGUUACCUGAGAAACUUCAAAUUCAGUCGACUGGAUGGCUCUAUGUCCUACUCGGAGAGAGAAGAAAAUAUGAACCAGUUUAAUACCGACCCUGAAGUCUUCAUGUUCUUAGUGAGCACAAGGGCUGGAGGCCUGGGCAUUAACUUAACUACAGCAGACACAGUUAUCAUCUAUGACAGUGACUGGAACCCCCAGUCAGACUUGCAGGCCCAAGACAGGUGUCACAGAAUUGGUCAGACAAAGCCAGUAGUUGUUUAUCGUCUCGUGACAGCAAAUACUAUUGACCAGAAGAUUGUGGAGAGAGCUGCUGCCAAGAGGAAGCUGGAGAAGCUGAUCAUCCAUAAAAAUCAGUUCAAAGGUGGCAAAUCUGGCCUAGCACAGUCAAAAAGCUGUCUGGACCCUCAGGAAUUACUAGAAUUACUGAAAUCCAGAGACUAUGAGAGGGAGGUUAAAGGAUCUAAAGAAAAAGUAAUCAGUGAUAAAGAUCUAGAAUUACUUUUGGAUAGAAGUGAUCUUAUUGAUCAAAUGAAGACCUCUGAAAAAAUGAAAAAGGAAAAAAUGGGUGUCUUCAAAGUCCUAGACGAGUCGUCAGAGUCCAAUGCCGAGUGCGUGUUUUAAUAUGCAAAUGUGGCCUCUAAGCAGUCUUUCAGAUCUUCCAGAGAUGUCACUGGUCCUUGAUGCUGACUUUCCUUAAGGCCUUGUUCAAAUCCCUUGUGUUCUUCCAGUGAGUUUUAACAUGUUCUAGAGUCUAAUGCAGAUGAUAGUUGUAGCUUUAGCAGGCUUUCAUAAAAAGUAAAAAAAUGAGCAUGUUUCACAUUUGCAGCUAGUUCUUAUGCUCAGUGGUACAAACUGGCAAAUUUGUUUAAAAAAAUCUUCCUGUGGAAGUCCUAAACCCCUGGUUUUGGUUGUUUUUUUUUUU